UUAUUGGUUCUUGUUAACGGGUGUAUUGUAGGACCCAGGGGAGCACUCACACUCUUGAGGACAGAGGAGCAUGUGUCUGUUUCAAAGAGGAAGAGAGUGUGGGGGGGGGUAAAUGGAAUACAAUGUGUGACAGUCACAGCCCUACACACACACACACACACACACACACGAAGCACGAGAGAAUCCUACUAAGACACCAAUUUAAGUGAUGCAUCUAUUGAUGGACAUCGGUGGAUGAAGCAGACAAGGUGCCUCUCUUCUCUCACCUGGGCCCCAAGAAAGACCAAAGUGCUGUUCCACAUCUUAAUCCUUGGAUCAGAUGAUGAGAUUUCCCCUAAACUACAAGCUGGAUAAAACAUAUGGAAUGAGAGAGGUGAGAAAGUGUGAGCAUCAUAUGGUGUGGAUAAGGUUGACUUGCAAGCAGUCUGUGAUAUUUACUACAUUGGGUAAGAAGGGGAUUCUGCUGGACUUUGUGGGUGAACAGAAACAACAAUGGUUCCUUCAGCAAUACAAUUCAAAGGAAAUAAAAUAUUUGGAGAUGGUGGAUCUUGACUUGAGAUACAAACCGUAAAUUAUGGAGAAAGCUGGGCCAAGUUUCCUGACUAAUCAUACAACUCCAAACGAUAUAUCUAGCCAAUGGAGACCCACAAAGCCUACUCCUCCAAGCUUAGAGGAAGUCAUCCACUCCGAAUCCCAAAUUAAACAUCUAGUGGGGCUAUUUGGCAUGGUGACCCUUAACCUCGCAGCCCUGCUUGGCAACACUGGAGUUAUUUUAGCCAUUGCUCGAGCGCCACACACGAAGAAAUAUGCAUUUGUGUGCCAUCUUUGUGCAGUGGAUUUGCUUUGCGCUAUUUUACUGAUGCCUCUUGGAAUAGUAUCGAGUUCUCCAUUCUUCAGUACUGUGACAUUCACAGUUUUGGAGUGCCAAGUCUACAUUUUUAUUAAUGUGUUUCUGGUCUGUGCCUCUAUUCUUACUGUAACCACAAUCAGUGUGGAACGCUACUAUUACAUUGUACAUCCCAUGCGCUAUGAGGUGAAGAUGACUAUACACCUGGCUGUUGGAGUCAUGGUAUUCAUCUGGGUGAAAUCUUUGCUUUUAGCACUUGUGACCUUACUUGGAUGGCCAGCAUAUGGGAAUCAAAGCUCAAUUGCAGCUACGCAUUGCUCUUUGCACUGGAGUCAUAGUCGUCUGAGGAAAGUUUUUGCAAUUCUUUUCAGUGUGGCAUGCUUUCUAAUUCCUGCAGUUGUGAUUUUUGCUGUGUACCUCAAUGUCUACAAGGUAGCACGGUCAGCUGCAAGACAACAUGUUCCUAUACCCCCCUGGCCUCCUAAUCCAGCAAAGUGUCGCUCAGAUUCCAUUAACAGUCAGACUACCAUCAUUACUACCACACGGAGUCUGCCUCAGAGACUGUCCCCUGAGCGGGUAUUUGGAGGUGGGAAGGCUGCUCUCACACUUGUUGUCAUUGUGGGGCAGUUCUUGUUGUGCUGGCUUCCAUACUUUACCUUUCACCUUCACAUGUCCAUCACGGCACCACUCCAGAGUCCUGGAGACAUCGAGGAGAUUGUCACCUGGUUAGCAUACUCUUCAUUUGCUGUGAACCCAUUUUUCUAUGGACUGCUUAACAGACAGAUUCGAGAGGAACUCAUAAAGUUAAGGAAGUGCUGUGCUUCCAACAGGACUGUGGAAUUUGGAGGCUCUAGUCAUGAAGGAUCCAUCCAGGAAAACUUCCUGCAGUUUUUGCAGAGGACCAGCAGCAAAACUGAGACUACAAAAUCCAGCUGUGUGAACUCCAGCCCUAGAAACACCCUGGACCAUGGGGUCAGCAUACCAGGACAGAUACCUGAAGAGUAACUAGGACUCUGAACAUGUCUGUUGUAUUAUAUUAUUGGGUUUGUUAUCAUUGGGUUUGUUGAAAUGGGUUUUACAUUAAGUUAAGCCAUAUUAAUACCGAUUUUUGUAAUUGUGAUUGAUCAAAAGGUAAAUUUUUUGUUGUGCAAUGGAUGUGGUAAUAGAGAUGUCUAAAGUAAAAUGAUAUCUAAUCUGUUUAAGGGACUUUAUGAUCAUCAACCAUUCUUUAAGGCAAUAACUAAUAUUCAAAAUGAAAUGUCGUCAUAUGACUGAAAUGAAACAUUUCUAAAAGAAAUGCAUAAUAUAAUUAUAAAUUUUUAUUUCUUUCAUAACUGUGUGUGAAAUUGACAGAAUUAGACAUUAGUCUUCCAGUAAAGCUAUGGCUCCUGUUUAGCUUGCUAAUUCCAUUCGCCUGUCUCCAUGGAAAUGUGGUGUCUUGCAUAGCAACAGGGUUCUUUUGAGCUCAGGUCUGCUUGUAUAAGUGACAAUGUUCUAUGUUAGAUUUUCACCCAAGCCAAGAGCAAUAAUACAUUACCUGUAGUUCAACACUAAUUGCACAUUUACAUUAGUGUACCUGGGUGUGGAAACCUGGGUGACCUAUUUUGCUGUUUCUAUCUAAAUGCAUUUAUUACACUGAGACACAGACCCAUGCUGGUCUGAACCACUGAAAAUCAUUACCAUGCAACAAAAGUGCUCAGGCAGAGAUAACAGCAUGAGUUUUAUGGGCUUUUUGCUGUUUGUAGAGGACCAUUACAAACAGGGAGUGAAAAACCAGGAGCAGGCUGGUUUGUCCACAUCAAACAAGAACAAUACCCGGGGUUACAUGUGCUUUCAUUAUGUACAGUAGCUAAGGCUGUGUAAUGUAUAAUGAAGGUGGAGAAUACUGUAUGAAUAUUAUGUAUGCAAAGAGUGGCUAUGGUGCAUUUUUCUUCAACCUUUUGUUUAAAAUAUAAAAACAGUGUACAGCU